CCCCGCCGCCCCGGAGCGCCCCGCGGGGAGGAGGGACCAUGAAGGAGGUUUGCAGGAUCUGCGCGCGCGAGCUGUGCGGGAACCAGCGGCGCUGGAUCUUCCACACGGCGUCCAAGCUCAACCUCCAGGUGCUGCUCUCGCACGUCCUGGGCAGGGAUGUCCCCCGCGAUGGCAAAGCCGAGUUCGCCUGCAGCAAGUGCGCCUUCAUGCUCGACCGCGUCUACCGCUUCGACACGGUCAUCGCGCGCAUCGAGGCCCUGUCCAUCGAGCGCCUGCAGAAGCUGCUGCUGGAGAAGGAGCGCCUCAAGUUCUGCAUCGCCAGCAUGUAUCGCAAGAACAACGAGGACCCGGGCGCCGAGCCCAGGCCCGGGAGCGGGACCGUGGACAUCUCCGGCCUGCCCGACGUCAGGUACUCCGCGCUGCUGCAGGAGGACUUCGCCUACUCGGGGUUCGAGUGCUGGGUGGAAAAUGAGGACCAGAUUCAGGAGCCGCACAGCUGCCACGCUGCGGAGGGCCCUGGAAGCCGACCCCGCAGGUGCCGCGGCUGUGCGGCCCUGCGCGUGGCCGACUCCGACUACGAAGCCAUUUGCAAGGUGCCUCGGAAGGUGGCCAAGAGCAUCUCGGGGGGCCCCUCCACCAGGUGGUCCACCAGCAUUUGCACGGAAGAGCCCGCAUUGUCUGAGGUGGGGCCCCCCGACUUAGCGAGCACCAAGGUACCCCAUGAUGGAGAAAGCAUGGAGGAAGGGACCCCAGGAUCCUCGGUGGAGUCCUUGGAUGCCGGUGUCCAGGCCAGUCCACUCCAGCAAAAGGAUGAGGAGCCCGAGAGACGCUCCAAGGAGCUUGUCCAGUGCGACUGCUGGGCGGAUGAGCAGGCCUCGCCCCACGGGUGUAACCACAAACUGGAGCUGGCUCUUAGCGUGAUCAAAGGGCUGGAUUACAAGCCCAUCCAGAGCCCCCGAGGGAGCAGGCUUCCCAUUCCAGUGAAAUCCAGCCCACCUGGGGCCAGACCUGGCCAUCUUGUGACAGAUGGCGUGGGCUCCGGUUUCCUUAGCAGGUCUUUGAAACCCCUGGACAAGACACCUGUCAGUUAUCCCUUGGAGAUUUCAGACCUGCAGGAGCUGUGGGAUGAUCUCUGUGAGGAUUAUUUGCCACUCCGCUUCCAGCCCAUGGCUGACGAUUUACUCAAACAACAAAAACUGAAUUCAGACAACACCGCUGCAACCCAGCAGUCUGCACCCGAUCCCCACUUGGCAGAUCUCCAGGAAAAAAUCCAGCAGACAGAGGCCACCAACAAGAUUCUUCAAGAGAAACUGAGUGAAGUGAACGGUGAACUGAAAUCUGCUCAGGAGUCAUCUCAGAAGCAAGAGGGCACAAUUCAAAGCCUCAAGGAAACUCUGAAAAGCAGGGAAAAUGAGACCGAGGAGUUGUACCAGGUGAUCGAAGGCCAGAAUGACACAAUGGCCAAGCUUCGGGAAAUGCUGCACCAGAGCCAGCUUGGACAGCUCCAUAGCUCAGAGGGUGCUUCCCCUGCUCACCAGCAAGUGGCACUGCUUGACCUCCAGAGUGCCCUGUUCUGCAGCCAGCUGGAGAUCCAGAAGCUGCAGCGGGUGGUUCGGCAAAAGGACCGGCAGCUAGCGGACGCCAAACGGUGUGUGCAGUUUGUAGAGGCCACAGCCCACGAGCGGGAGCAGCAGAAGGAGGCUUCUUGGAAACACAAUCAGGAAUUGCGAAAAGCCUUGCAGCAGCUACAAGGAGAGCUGCAGAAUAAGAGCCAGCAGCUUCACAUCCUGGAGACUGAAAAAUACAAUGAGAUUCGGACCCAGGAGCAAAACAUCCAGCACCUCACCCAGAGUCUGAGCCACAAAGAACAGGUGCUGCAGGAAUUCCAGGAGCUACUGCAGUAUCGAGAGAACUCAGACAAGACCUUUGAAGCAAAUGAGAUGCUGCUUGAGAAACUCCGGCAGCGAAUACAAGACAGAGACAUUGCCCUGGAGCGGGCAAUCGAUGAAAAGUUCUCCACUCUGGAAGAAAAAGAAAAAGAACUACACCAACUUCAUCUUGCCGUGCGGGAGCGAGGCCACGACCUGGAGAGGCUCCGCAGCAUCCUGUCCUCCAACGAGGCCACCAUGCAGAGUAUGGAGAGCCUCUUGCGGGCCAAAGGCCUGGAGGUAGAACAGUUAUCUGUGACCUGCCAAAACCUCCAGUGGCUGAAGGAAGAAAUGGAAACCAAAUUUAGCCACUGGCAGAAAGAGCAAGAAAGUAUCAUCCAGCAGCUGCAGACGUCUCUGCACGACAGGAACAAAGAAGUGGAGGAUCUUAGUGCAACCUUGCUCUGCAAACUCGGACCAGGGCAGAGCGAGAUAGCCGAGGAGCUGUGCCAGCGCCUGCAGCGGAAAGAGCGGAUGCUGCAGGAGCUGCUGAGUGACCGGAACAAACAAACUGUGGAGCAUGAGAUGGAGAUUCAGGGCCUGCUGCAGACCAUGGGGGCCAGGGAGCAGGAGAGCCAGGCAACUGCAGAGAAGAUGGUACGAGCCCUAAUGGAAAGAAAUUCAGAAUUACAGGCCCUGCGCCAGUAUUUGGGAGGAAAAGACUUCAACUCUAACCAGCCAGCUGGUGUCACCUCCAUCGGCCCCCACCCAGGGGAGCAGACCGACCAAGGUUCAGUGCACAUGCCCUCCAGAGACGACAGUAUGUCAUUGACUGCCAAGGGGGACACCAGCAUACCCAGGUCCUCGCUAGGAGACUUGGACACAAUCGCAGGGCUGGAAAAAGAACUGAGUAACGCCAAAGAGGAGCUUGAACUCAUGGCUAAAAAAGAAAGAGAAAGUCGGAUGGAGCUUUCUGCUCUGCAGUCCAUGACAGCUGUGCAAGAGGAGGAGCUGCAGGUGCAGGCUGCAGAGAUGGAGUCCCUGACCAGGAACAUACAGAUCAAAGAAGACCUCAUAAAGGACCUGCAAAUGCAGCUGGUUGAUCCAGAAGACAUGCCAGCUAUGGAACGCCUGACCCAAGAAGUCUUACUUCUUCGUGAAAAAGUUGCCUCAGUAGAAUCGCAGGGUCAGGAGCCUUCAGGAAACCGAAGACAACAAUUGCUGCUGAUGCUGGAAGGGCUGGUGGAUGAGCGGAGCCGGCUCAAUGAGGCCUUGCAAGCAGAGAGACAGCUUUACAGCAGCCUCGUGAAGUUCCACACCCACCCAGAGAGCUCUGAAAGAGACCGAACCCUGCAGGUGGAACUGGAAGGGGCGCAGGUGUUACGCGGCCGGCUCGAAGAAGUUCUUGGAAGAAGCCUGGAGCGCUUGAGCAGGCUGGAGUCGCUGGCCGCCACUGGAGGUGCAGCUGCCGGGGACGACACCGAGGAUGCGAGCACGGAAUUCACCGACAGUAUCGAAGAGGAGGCUGCGCAUAACAGCCACCAGCACCUCAUCAAGGUGGCUUUGGAGAAAAGCCUGGCAGCCGUGGACACCCAGAACAUACUCGCUCCUCCGCCUUCUCCUAGAGGAGGGGACGGCAACAGGGCUCUUCAGGAGGAAAUGCUCCGCCUGAGGGCUGAGAUCCACCAGCACUUAGAGGCGAGGAGGCAGGCUGAGGGGGAGCUGAAAGAGCUAAAGGCUCAAAUCGAGGAAGCCGGCUUCUCCUCCGUGGCCCACAUCAGGAACACGGUGCUGAGCCUGUGCCUUGAGAAUGCCGAGCUGAAAGAGCAGAUGGGAGAAGCUAUGUCUGACGGAUGGGAGAUGGAGGAAGACAAGGAGAAGGGCGAGGUGGUGUUGGAGACCGUGGGAGCCAAAGGGGAUCCGAAUGAGAACUGCCUUCAGGCUGAGUUCAGAAAGCUCCAGAGAAAACUGAAAACCGCCCACAGCAUCAUCAACCUCCUCAAAGAACAGCUGGUGCUGAGCAGCCAGGAGGGGAAGAGCAAGCUCACGCCCGACCUCCUGGCGCCCCUGGCCCAGGAGAUCGACAGGAUGAACACGGUGCUGGCGGGCUCCCCGGAGGGGGCCCAGCGCCGAGCAGAGGAGGCUGUGGCUGUGAGACCCUGCCGCAGACCCCAGAGCCUGGACCUCGGGGCGGCCCUGCCCGUGGACGCCCAGCGACUGGACAACCGGCCCCAGGCCCAUGACCCUGGACCUCCGUCCGAAUGUGGCCUCCCGGGGUCCACCAAGCACCUGCGGUCCCAGCUGGCACAGUGCAAACAGCGCUACCAGGAUCUCCAGGAGAAGCUGCUGAUAUCCGAAGCCACUGUCUUCGCCCAGGCCAACCAGCUGGAGAAAUACAGAGUCAUGUUCGCUGGUGAAUCCCUGGUGAAGCAAGACAGCAAGCAGGUCCAAGUGGACCUCCAGGACCUGGGUUAUGAGACGUGUGGCCGCAGCGAGAACGAGGCUGAGCGGGAGGAGACCACCAGCCCCGAGUGCGAAGAGCACGACAGCCUCGGGGACUCCUUCCUGAUGGAUGGGCUGUGCGCUCAGCCGGGGCGCCUGGACACCACCCUGGCCAGCCCCCCUGGGAGGACGUCCUUGGAGAGCCAGCUGGGGAAGCGGGAGGAGCUCCAGGCGUAUGGGAAGUCAGAAGAUGUCUCUGUCCUGCAUAAGCACAUCAGAGACCUGAAGACCCAGCUGCAGAAUGCCAACAAGGUCAUCCAGAACCUCAAGAGCCGGGUCCGGUCCCUCUCCGUGACAAGUGAUUACUCCUCUAGUCUGGAGAGACCCCGAAAGCUGAAGGCCGUUGGCCCCCUCGAGGGAUCUUCGCCCCACAGUGUCACUGACGAGGAUGAGGGGUGGCUGUCGGACGGCACUGGGGCUUUCUACCCCCCGGGGCUUCAGGCUAAAAAGGAUCUGGACAGUCUGAUCCAGAGAGUGUCCCAGCUGGAGGCCCAGCUCCCGAAAACUGGGCUGGAGGGGAAGCUGGCCGAGGAGCUGAGAUCCGCCUCCUGGCCUGGGAAAUAUGAUUCCCUGAUUCAGGAUCAGGCCCGAGAACUAUCCUACCUGCGCCAGAAAAUACGAGAAGGGAGAGGUAUCUGCUAUCUUCUCACCCAGCAUGCAAAGGACACGGUGAAAUCUUUCGAGGAUCUCCUCAGGAGCAACGACAUCGACUACUACCUGGGGCAGAGCUUCCGGGAGCAGCUCGCCCAGGGGGGCCGGCUGACCGAGAGGCUCACCUGCAAGCUCAGCACCAAGGAUCAUAAAAGUGAAAAAGAUCGAGCUGAACUUGAACCGCUGGCCCUCAGGCUCAGCCGGGAGCUGCAGGAGAAGGAGAAGGUGAUCGAAGUUCUGCAGGCCAAGCUGGACGCCCGCUCCCUCACGCCCUCCAGCAGCCGUGCCCUGUCUGACUCCCCCCGCUGCCCGAGCAGCUCCUCCUUCCUGUCCGAUGAGCUGGAGGCCUGCUCCGACAUGGAGAUCGCCAGCGAGUGCACGCACUACGAAGAGAAGAAAGCCUCACCUGGAUGCUCAGAUUCCAUCCAUCCCUCGUGCCGUUCUGCCGUCCCGUCUCCUACACCAGCAGCCACCAGUGCCUCUCAGGGGGUUAAGGCCGAGCCCCGCAGCAACCCCACCAGCCUGCCAGCUCCCCAGAACCCCCCCCAGGAGGCCAGCCGGGCCCAUCCAGGUGUCAGCUCUGUCCACCCCGCUUCCUCAGCUGCGCUGCCGGGUCACCAGGGAGACGCCAGCUCCCCCCACUACCUCAACCCUGCCCCGCCCCGCUCCCCCAGGGGCGCUGCAGAACUGGGCAGGAUGCUGGAGCCGGGGUACCUGGGCGGCGGCCAGUGGGACCUGAUGAGGCCUCAGAAAGGGAGCGGAUCUGGAGACCUGUCCUCAGGCUCCUCUGUGCACCAGCUCAACGCCAGACCCACAGGGGCCGACCUGCUGGAGGAGCACCUCGGUGAGAUCCGGAACCUGCGCCAGCGGCUGGAGGAGUCCAUCUGCAUCAACGACCGCCUGCGGGAGCAGCUGGAGUACAGACUCAGCUCCACGGCUCGAGCCGGAGGAUCCACCCCUCACUGCUACAGUCAGGGCCCGGAGUCCACGCCUCAGCUCUUCAAUGAGAACAGAGUCCUCAGGGAAGAGAAUCGUAGCCUCCAGGCUCAGCUGAGCCACGUCUCCAGAGAGCACGCCCAGGAGGCGGAGAGCCUGCGGGAGGCCCUGCUGUCCUCCCGGUCCCAGCUUCAAGAGCUGGAGACGGAGCUGAAGCACCAGCAGGCGGAGCAGCAGCGGCUCCUGGAGGACCUGCGGGAGAAGCAGCAGGAGAUCCUGCAGUUCCAGGAAGAGCGGCUGUCCCUCCAGGAGAAAGACUCCAGGCUGCAGCAGAAGCUGGCCCUGGUGCAGCAGCAGUGUGAGGAGAAGCAGCAGCUCUCCCAGUCGCUCCAGUCCGAGCUGCAGAUCUACGAGGCGCUCUAUGGCGGUUCCAAAAAGGGAAUGAAAGCCUGCACCUGGGAGGCCUGUCACCUGUCGCCUUUGAGCAGUGACUUGAGCCACCUGGUGGCAGAGAUCCGAGCCCUCAGGGGGCAGCUGGAGCAGAGCAUUCAGGUGAACAACUGUCUGCGCCUGCAGCUGGAGCAGCAGCUGGAUGGGGGUGUUGGCAAAACCACCCUCAGCCCCGCCUCCUUUAACGAGAACUUCCCGGCCACCGUGGACCCCGCAAACAAGCAGCCGUUCUUCCAAGAUGCAGUUGCGUCCCCUCCUGUCCGGGAUAUUGGCAUGACUUCUCCGGCUCUGGUCUUCCCCGGCCCUUCUUCCCCGCCUCGUGGCGCAGACACCGUCCUCUUUAACCGGACAAAUGACCUGGGUCUGGAUGCUUCUCCAGACACGAAGAAUCCUCCCAUGCUGGAGGGCGAGGCUGCUGAUGGCUCUUUUGCCAACAAGCAUGGCCGCCAUGUCAUUGGCCACGUUGAUGACUACAGCGCUCUCAGGCAGCAGAUCGGGGAGAGCACGCUGCUGGCCACCAGGAUGGCAUCCCUCCUGAGAUCGGCCUGCAGCCUCCCGGGCCUGGAGGCGCCGGGCACAGAGGUGCCCGGCCGCACCGGGGUCCAGGAGCUCCGCAGCAGCACCGGCGCCCUGCAGCACGCGCUGGAGGAGUCGGCCGCCCUCCUGUCCAUGUUCUGGCGUGCUGCCCUGCCCAGCCCCCCCAGACCCACGCAGCCGGGAGCAGGGGGGGAGUCUGUGAGAAGGGAGCUUCUGGAACUGAGAACCAAACUUUCCAAACAAGAGAGCCUCCUCCAGAGCACAGCUGAGCGCCUGAAGACAUCCAACCGGCAGAAGGAGAGCCUGGAGCAGUUCAUCUUCAGUCAGUUGACCAGGACGCACGAUGUCUUGAAGAAGGCGAGGACUAAUCUGGAGGAGCCUUGCAAGAAGCGAAGCCACCAGAGGUCCUUAAAGCAGCAGGAAGGGUGGGCCUGCCCGCCUUUUGCAGGACUCCCUGUCUGCUGAGGAGGAUGGGCCCCCUGUCCCAAGCCUGCCAAGGAUGUCCUGGCCGGGGCAGAGCGAACGCCGCGGAGCCCUUCCUGCCGCUGGGACAGCGCGAGCCUGGCCCCGCUCUAAGGAAACACGCUGGGUCCGCAGAGGACCUGGCAACGCUGCUUCUAAACACCCCAGGGGGCUGGGGACUAGUGACAGCUCACUCCUCGCCGCAGCACCCACCCGUGGAUGGCCGACUCAGGGGAGAUCGGACCCCGCGUCCUACAAAUGGGACGUGUGGUCAAGCCCGGGUCUUGAAGUUUUGAAAGCACAUGGGCGCAGCGGAGCCAAGGGUCCCCCCCGCCCAGCGGCCCCGCCGGGCCUGGCUGGCUCCGGCCCCAGAGCCGGAUUCCACGUGGAGAGAGCCCUGACCCCCACACGCCAUCUCUUGCUUCGCCCACACCUCCUAUUUCUAGCCUUUCAUGGUCCCCGAGGGCCCUGACCUCACUCCAGACUCGCCGUCCCAUUUUAUCAUCCUGAAUUCUCUCUGGGCGACUGGGGUUGGGGCAGAACCAGCCCACGGGAAGACUCGCGUGACUCAGACCAGUGCUGGUCGGCACGCGGCUCGUGAGACCAGCCGUGCGGGCCAGCCUGUGUCUGCACCCAGCUCUGGAACGUGUGCGUGUGGAUACGUGUAUGCUAUGUACGUGCACAAGCUGAUGGCCACUCGGGGACGGGCUGGGAGAGAAGAGGAACAGUCCUCCGGUGGCCAUUCAAGCAAAUCGUGUACAAAGAAAUAAAAUACUCCCUCCAUCUGCUGUUUCCUCUUUCUGUGCCAGCCUCUAGACUGAGGGUGUACUAAGACAGCAGCACACACUGGCCUGAAGAAGCCCAGAUGAGCAGCUGAAGUCCAAGUUCAGCAGGACAGGUUUUUCCCCUCCUUGUCACACUGUAAGACUCUCCAGUCUACAGACCUAAAGGGAUGGUCCUUAACUUGGGGGGUACCUUUGAAUCAGCUGUGAAGAUGGUAGAAACUGCUUUCUAGGUCCAAGGCCUGGGAACCUGCAUCCUUU